AUUUCAGCCGCCAGAGGGCGACAAAAGCCCGCACACACACGCCACGAGCCCUCGGAAGUUGAGAGAGAGCGUGCUCCCCAACACAACCAAAACAAUGAAAGCUAUCAUUCAGAGGGUCACCAAGGCGACCGUGACAGGUGAGCAGCUGUGUGGACUCAGCAAGGUUCCUUUUCUUUGACACCUUUAUAAAGUCGUUUCGUUAAGGGUAAACAUCUGUUAGUGUCUGUCCACUCACUGAUCAUGCAUUUGAGCUAGCAUAGCAAGGUUAGCUUCAGCAGUCUUUGAAUGGAGCCCAAACUGAAGUGUGAUCACUGUUUAUUCCGGCUCAGAGGAAAACACGAUGGAUUUAUCUCACAGCGCCGAUCAGGAGAGUGUAUACUGUUGUUACUGAGUUUCUAACUCUUUUUUGUUCCCUGUCUGCAGUGGGAGAAGAACAAGUGAGCGCAAUAGGACGAGGACUGUGCGUGCUGCUGGGGAUUUCAGUGGAGGACACCCAGAGGGAUGCUGACUACAUGUGAGUGUUUGGGAGGGACCCUUUCUAGAUUUGAUCAUCAUCCCUUCAACAUAGUGCCAGAAAAAUCUGAUCGAUCACACUGACUUAUUUGUAUUAAUAAAUUGAGCCAUAAUCGACAACUUUAGAAAGUGGAAUUUUGUUAUCACUUAGAAGAUGUAGGCAUAGACAUGCUAAAAAUAGUGUUCCGAUUUCUUAAUUUGUCCACCAGAGCGCAUUGAGAAGUUUAUUUAUAACUUUUCAAAAGUCAGUCUAAUGUUAUUCAAGUAUUUUUAGACUUGGAUCUAUUUUAAGGCCUGUGUGACAAACUUUUGUGGCUUCAGUGCAGCUUGUGGGGCAAAUGUACGUGAUCAAAGUCCUGCAACUGUCUGCCAGCUGCACAACUGAUCUGAGGAGGUUUUUAAUCCAAGCAUAAAAAAUAAAACUUCACAAAAACUAUCCCCAUAGAGAUGGAACCUUCAUCUGAAGAGGUGAGGUACCUCUUGACUUAAUACAAGAGCCAGCAUCCCUGAUAGUUAAGCCAAGUUAAGAACAAUAAAAGAAUAAUUGCGCUAGAGAUCUGAUUCAGCAGACAUGGAUUUUAUUGCCUUUUUGUGAGUUUUGGCCUCGAUAAAAUCCAGAGGCAGCAAUCACCACAAUCUAAUCUUGUUACUCCCCACUGUGAUUCAGGACUCCAAAUUUCAAACUUGUAUGACCUAAAAUGUCCAAGUAACAAUUUAUCUUCUCGAUUUUCUUUUUCAGACCAAAAGCAUUUUUUAAAAAGAGGGUUUUUUGACCCCCAAGGCUAAACUACUCCAAGUUGAAAGUGGUUAUUAUCAUCGUGAGAUGGCCUAAGGCAGUGGUUCUCAAGUCCAGUCCUCGAGGCCCACUGUCCUGCAUGUUUUGGACGUUUCCCUGCUCCAACACAGCUGAUUCAAAUGAUUAGCUCGUUAUUAAGCCAUUACAGAGCUUGAUAACGAGCUGAUCAUUUGAAUCAGGUGUGUUGGAGCAGGGAAACAUGCAGGAGAGUGGGCCUCGAGGACUGGACUUGAGAACCACUGCCUUAAAAAAGGGCUAUUUCUGUAAGAUUCCUUUGUAUAAUGUUGUCAGACACUUAAGAUAACAUUUAGAUCCCGUUUGAGGAAAGCAAAAUACACAUGAUUAUGAGCAGAAACAUCAGGUGCAUUAGCAUGGCUUUCAUUUUCAACCUGCUUUCAGGCUGUGAACAAUAUACUUCAACACUAGGAGGAAAACUUUCUGCACAUUUCAGUAAUUUCAGCUGCAAACACUGGGGCCCAUUCAGUGUUUGAACUGAGAGAUUACAAAAUGUCUGAGGAUGCUUAUUGAUGUUCACCACACAGAAGAUUAAAUGGGAUCUAGAGAGUGUCUGAAACAAAAAGGAAAUGUGGAUUCAAGUAUCAUAAUGGAAAAAAGAACACACAAACUAUCAGAAAAGCUAUUAAAUAUACAUGAAUUGCAGUGAGAGGCCAAAAACAAUCACAGUAAAGUUGCGUCACCCACAAUGAAAUUAUCGCUCUCUGCAACAAAACAGACAAAUAAAGAUGUUGUUGUGGUGAAUAAAACAUCUCCUCUUGGCCAAGCUCUAAGUUCUUUUUCAUGUCCUGCCAUGAAAAGCAGCCAGUGCCUGCCUGCAAACUUGUGUUAUGCUUUUUAAAUGUUCAACUUUAUUGGCGUAAACAUGCAGAAGUCUGGAGUGGUCCCUCGAAACAUAAGACAGUAAUUUUUUUCAGCCAAUGUAGACCAGAGCGAUCUUUGUAGUUGCUAUUUUCCUCAUGUGUUUUCAGAGUACGAAAGAUCCUGAACCUGCGGCUGUUUGAAGACGAGAACGGGCGAGCGUGGAGUAAAAGUGUCAUGGACAGAGACUUUGAGGUGCUGUGUGUGAGCCAGUUCACACUGCAGUGCAUACUGAAAGGCAACAAGCCAGACUUCCACUUAGCCAUGCCUGCAGAGCUGGCCCAGCCCUUUUACAACAGCAUCCUGGAGAACAUGAGGAGCUCCUACAAGCCAGAGCUCAUUAAAGGUGGGUCAAAUGAUGAGUGUUCAUUCAUAGGAUCUUGAGUGGUAGUGGAAAAAAAGUUGUCCUUGUCUCGAAAACAAAGUAGGAAUUGUGUCAUGAGUGAUCUCCCAGUCUUGACGAAGGGGAGCUUUACAUCUACAUAGAAACUGCACACUACUGGAUGCAAUAGAGCAGGAACACUGCUCACACCAUUUUAUCCUCUAGGAGCCUCUCCUAAAGGAGACCUCAUCUGAAAGACCAGUAUGACUUUUAUAAACAGUUCUCAUGUAAAAGGGUGUUUUUGCACGGAGUCCUGUUCAUCAGAGUCAGCACGGGCUGCAAACUGAGCUGCCACUAGCAUUUUUUUUUUUGUUUGGAGAGCAGGCUUCCUUUGUAAUUAUCAAUGUCAAGGUUAGAAGCUGCUAAAUCAUCCACAUGGGUAUGUCUCUGCUGUAAAACUUUCAGACCUACUAAAUAAAGCAUUAACAGGGUGGCUUUUUGAAAGGACUUUAAGGGACUGCUAACCAAGCUGCUACUAUCUUUAACCCCAUGGCUAAAUAACAUUUUGCAUCCUAGUAAAUUACUCGUUCAACAGUUCAUCUGUAUGACCUCAGACCUCAAACUAUCUGCUACAGUGGGAAACAUAAGACUCAUCCCUUAUUCGGCUCUUGUAUAUUUACAUAAAGAUUGAUAAAAUAACGCAUUAAUGUUGGUCAAUCAUAGAAAAAGUCAGAUGUUUAAGAAAUGAAAGCAGAUAUGAUUGUACACAACCCUCCACAGCUGAUGUGCAAACUAGGGUCCGACCGAUUUAUCGGCGAGUCGAUUAAAUCGAGCAAUUUUAGCCCGUUUGUUCUAAUCGGUAAUCGGCCAAAACUUGCCGAUUUUCGUCAAUAUUUUCAGGAAUAAAAUGCGAAGAUUAAGAUUCGGUUUCACUUCGAAAAUGUUCCGCCAUUUGAAAAGUGUCCCGACUUAUCUUGUAGACGGCGCAGCGACCUCAUGACAAUCUUAUCCACUAAUUUCGUCACAGCACAGCAGAGUGACGGAUCUGAAGCAGGCAGCUCAGGGACGCACGGAGGAGAGUGGUCCGCCUCAACAGUAAAUAAACUAGUUUUUGAAGUACACAAUAAGCCAACAAGUUUCAUUUCAACCCACUUCACGAUGUUCCCCGCUGUGCUUGUCUCGGUCACGCCGAGUUAACAGUGAAGCACCAUGUAAUAUGGAAGCUAAAGUUAGAGUUAGCCACCUGCUGUUAGCCUUGCUCCACAGUUAGCCGUGCUAGUAACAGUAGCAUAAAAAGCAGUACACAUUACAUGAUCGAGCUACUUCUCUUACUGAGGCAGCUGCAUGUCUCCAGAUGAGACCAGAUGUCUCCGAGUUUGAUCAGUCUGUCUUCCUGUCGACAUGAAGAGCAGUAGCCUACAGUAUAUCCACGAUACCUGUGUGUAUAUAUAAAUAUAAAUAUAUAUAUAUAUGUAUAUAUAUAUAUAUAUAUAUAUAUAUAUAUAUAUAUAUAAAAAAUAAUAACUUCAUAAAAAAAUUUAAAAAUGGUCCGAUUAAUCGGUAAUUGACCCCCCCCCAAAUAAUCGCUAUCUGCAUCGGCCCCCAAAAAAUCUGUAUCGGUCGGGCCCUAGUGCAAACGCAGUGCAAGUUACCUCCUAUAAAUGUAACUGACUUUGAGAGUACAUUAUAUCGAAGAUAAUACGCUCUGUAUCCCUACAUGACUGUUUUGUGUACACACUCACUCUUUACUGUGACACAGACACACACAAGUUUAGACUCCCACUCCGAACAUCUAAACUCUAAAAGCAUCCAUCGAGGUGAGACCUUUUUCCAUUUGAUCAGAAAUGACUCUUCUUCCAGCUUUCUCCGCUUGUGAAAAGUUCUGUCUUUUAGUCGUUACUUUUGAUACUUUUGGUACUUUUUCAACUACGGUGCUCAAAAAAAUAACAACUUUAUAUCUAAGACUCUGCUAGAUUGGCCAACUCUGCACACACUUAAGGGAGCAGACAGAAACGGGGGUAGGGUGAGGUGCAGGUCAAAGUAGAUUGAGACUUAGGAAGGUAGAAGGUAGAGCACGUUUCAACUGUGCAAGUUGGUAUAAAAAUCUGGAAAUCAGGUAAAGCAGAUGCAUUCUUACAUUACUGAUGUAUGCCCCAUGAAUUGUAAUUAAUUUAUCCUAAAGCUAGCUUGUCAUUAGCUACUUUAACACUGUUAAACAUGGUAACGUCAGACCGAGGUCAUAUACUAAAAAGCUAUUGUUUAUAUCUGAUAUUAUGAUAGAUUUAGUAGAAUUAUUAUAGAAAGAAUGAGAAUUUAAAGGGUCAGUGUGGACAUUAUGGAGGCCUAAACAAAAGUGCUGGUGGAGUAAAGUCUCAGGAGGUUGGUUAACAGGGUUAAAAGAUGCUGUUUGGUUCACAGCUCUGUGUUUCUGAGCUCAUUAAAAACUUCAGUAUGGAGGGUCGCUGUUAAAGCCACUCACUUAUACGUUUGGAUCAGCUCCCGGUCCCCUUGCUACUUAGCUGCCUGUAUCAUCUCAGUGUAAGGUUGUGGCUCUUCAGGGGGAGGUAGUUGGGGAUUAUUGGCUCUGUGAUGCCACGGUGGUGACGGUGGCAGUGAAUCAGGUCAGCCCACCGGGGAGCAGGUGUGGAGAACACCUUGUCCCAGCAAGGGAGGCAUAAGGCUCCCUAAUUAGUCCCCCCCUCCAGAGAGGAAAUAUGAUGACGCAGCUAUUUUUCAGCACGGCCCAGGGCUUCAUUGUGCAGAUGGUGUCAUUAAUCUAGUGGACCCAAAGGAAGAAAGAAGAGCAUUUAAGUUAACUUCCUGUCCUCCUACAGUCCCUUUAUCUUUUGUCCCCAAUGCCUCAAGGCUCCAUGUUAUCCUACAUUCAUACAAAACAUCAACCAUCAGUGCCAAACAUAACCCCUUUGUUUUGUCUCCAUGUUUUCUCUCCAUUAAAAAGUGCUCUUCUUUGUUAGAAAAGGCAAACAUGGAUGCAUAUGUCAAGUUUAAGCUUUCACUGUGUUUUUGUUUCAUCUUCUGUUACUAGAUGGGAAGUUUGGGGACUACAUGCAGGUCCACAUUCAAAACGAUGGGCCUGUCACCAUUGAGCUGUCAUCGCCUACUGGUCCCAAUGACCCCAAACAGGUGAGUCAGUGAGCUUGAAAGCAUUUUUACAUAAAAAGUCUACAUUAUUCAUCCACUUUGGUGACUUUUACUGCAGUUUUCAGCUUUAUUAGUAACAGCAGUGAACAUAUACAAGAAACUUUCCUCCAACACAUGCAGCUCAGAAAAAAAAACAACUGAACGAGGAAGAGUGCAAAGGCUAAUAAAAUCAAAGUUAAACUAUGAGCAGUGAGAGAGGAACAGGUGGAAAAAUAGCUCAUGUGGCACAAACAGGGGGGGCACAGGUUUAGGUUUGACUCUGACGAUAUCCCAAAUAUAUAGAGGAAGUCUCCAUAUCAAUAAAAGUAGGUAAUGAACACUCAGAGUGCUGGACUUGAUACAUGAAAAAGCUGUCAAACUAAUUUGAUGUUUUUGGGGAAAUGGCUAUUCUGCUGUCUUGGGCAAGAAAAACAAAGUAACAGUAGUAUUAAUGAUAAAAAAGACUUAAAUGAGGGUUUUGCUUACUGUACAUUAUCUAACAAAGAGUCACUAUAAUGAAUGUUUAAACUUACAAUGUAAACCUGCUUCAGUUCUCAUUUUACCCCAUCACAGUCAUCAAGGUCUCUGCUUUUAUUUACCUGACUGGUAUUCAUGUGAGGUGUUGUCCAACUUUUCAGUCAGUUCACUUCUAUUCUUUAACCACUAGGUGGCAGUGUUUACCCUGCUGUCACUCUUCUUGUUCAUGCAACAAGACUUUUUAAAUUCAGGUGAGCUAAAUGAAUUGUACAUAGUCAUUAUGUUUUCAGUUGUGGUUCCUCUACAACAUGUACUUUGUUGAAUUAAUACAUACAGGGUAAUGCUUCUUGAAAAAAAAUGAUCACAGCAAUGAUCAAAUGUUUAUGUAAGGAUGCAUCCAGUAUGGAUCUUAAAGGGAUAUUCCGAUGUAAAAUUAAUUUAGACUCAAACACAACGUAAAACCAAGUUAGACACCCCAUUGAGAGAUGAAUGUUGCCGACCGCUUGCUUCUCUAGUUAUACCAACUUUAGCGAGACUGCACAAUCGCAAUACACAGCGGUCUACGUCACCACGCGCUAACCUCAACCAAAACACCACUCUGUAUCCAAAAAUAAUGCUCAGAACAGCACCUAACUUCAUCAACAGUCCAUAUAGGGUCCCCGCCGUAGUACUAGCCACCAAACAUCUCUUUAAGCUUUGCCUGAUUUCUUUAGCAAAGAGACUAAACACAACUCACCUCCUCUCUUCCACCAGUUUGUAGUAAGACCUCAGGCGAAUCCAAUACGGACUGCUGAGGGGUGACACAGCUCAAAGAAGAACAUUUAUGAUCAUUUCUUUUAUCAUUUCCUUGAAGUAAUAGUCAUCAUAAUGAUCAUUUUGCACUGCAGACGCGGUAGUUCUUCUGCCUUAGUGUCCGGGUCUGAUUGCAUUUCCAUGAAGAAAUGAUCAUAAAUGUUCUUUCUUGAGCUGCGUCACCCCGCUGUACCCCGCUCUUUGCUAAAGAAAUUAGGCUAAGUUAAAAAUUUGUUUGGUGGCUAGUGCUGUGGCUGGGACCGUAUAUGUACUGUUGAUGAAGUUAGGUGCUGUUCUGAGCAUUAUUUGUGGCUAUAGUGUGGUGUUUUGGCUGAGGUUUAUGUGUGGUUCCAUAGACUGCUGUUUACUGCUAUUGUGCAGUCAUUACUGAAGUUGGUAUAACUAGAGAAGCAAGCGGUUGGCAACAUUCAUGUCUCAAGGGGGUGUCUAACUCAGUGUUCUGGUGUGUUUGACCCUAAAUUAAUUUUACGCCUGAAUAUCUCUUUAAAGCUAGACCACUUAUUUUGUAUUCAAUAUCUGGAUCAAAAGAGUGUGGAGUUGUUGUUGAGUCCCCAAAGCUGGAUCUCAGUCUGGACCAGUCUUGAGGUCUCAAUCAGUAUGUUAAUAUGCACAGUUAAGUGGAGCUGUGGUUACAGCUCAUUAAGUGAUUUAACUGGACUGGUGUCCUUGUCCGUGUCUCUUAUCUCUUAACAAAAGUAUGUCUGCCUCUAAAUCUAUAAGCCUUCUUUUAGCUUGUGACUAUUGGGUUGAUCAACUAUAUCACACACCAAAAAGUCCACAAACACAUUAGAAAGAAGCUAACAGGUUGUAUGUAACACAAUGAAAGCACUGUUAGCUUUAAGGCUCAGUACCUUUGGUAAUGUACCAGACAACGCCCUCCCCUUCUUCUGUCAAACUGCUGUUCAACUUGCCUGUCAAAGCCGAACAUGUGAACUGUGGAGUGCAGAAAGCUCAGGCCAGUUUGAGUCGGAUCGAGGCGCAUAGAUGGAAGAGGAAAUCAAUCCCCAAACGCAUUUCUAGGUAGAUUAGUCUGACAGUGAGAAAUUUGAUUCAGUGUUAUUUCAGUCGGACUUGUGCGUUUAUGUGUGCAAACAAGGGAUGUGGCAAAGCUCCUUAUUUUGCAGCUGUUUAAACAGAAAUUGAAAUCAGGAUCAGCUGACUAGUCUAAAGAUAGAGCAGCAGUGCCUGAGUCCUUCUGUCAGGUCAGUGUUCAUAUAUACCUGCACUUGUUCAGUAUUGCUAAGUUUAAUUCCAGCUUAACAGACACAGCCAUUAUCUUUUUUUUUCAAGAUCAAGAUACAACUGAACUGUCAUCUGUCAUCUGUGCUUGGUUACAUCUAGGUAGUUGGGUGGAGCUACAGCCCUAGCUUGUGAGAGGUGCAAUGAAUUAGUGCUAACAUAUUGAUUCUACAAUAGCGGUUAUGUUCAAUGGUCCAGUGGUGACAACCCAUCUACAUCCUAGCCCUGAGAGUCAUUGAAGAUAUAAACCCCAAACUAAGUUCUAAGACAGUGGUUCUCAAGUCCAGUCCUCGAGGCCCACUGUCCUGCAUGUUUUGGAUGUUUCCCUGCUCCAACACACCUGAUUCAAAUGAUCAGCUCGUUAUCAAGCUCUGUAAUGGCUUAAUAACAAGCUAAUCAUUUGAAUCAGGUGUGUUGGAGCAGGGAAACAUCCAUAACAUGCAGGACAGUGGGCCUCGAGGACUGGACUUGAGAACCACUGUUCUAAUAAAAUAAAAUAAAUACUUUUUGUAGAUGUUUGGAUAAAAAUAACUUUAAAACACCGACAGUAAGAAUCUUGUCCUUGCCAAAGUUGAUGUCUGCCAUUGCCAUGGCUGAUUCACUAGGCUGUCACUCAGUCGUCCUCACAGUGAAGCUAAGAGCCCUUUAUGGCUGAGUCCACUGUACAUCUGUAUGCCAGAUUAACAGGGUGUUACGUGGGCUGCAGAUGAUUGGUACCACAGGCCUUAGGGACCCCACCCCUCUGCAACACCUGUCCCUGCAGGAGUCAAAUAGGUCUGCUACCAGCAUGCCCAUCCUGUUCUCUGCUUUUGAGUACGUCGUGUUUAAAAGUCAAACCAAACUCCUCCUUUAAUCAGACUUUUUAAAAUCUUGAAUCUGCGUAUUUCAUAUUUAAGUGUUUGGAGUUUGCACAACAUGCUUUGAGGCAAGACUGAAUUUAGGGAUCAAAAGGAUACCUGUUGAGCUAAAAUGAAUAUUUGACUAUAAAAGAGUCAAUCUAAUGUGCUGAUGAUGUGUUCUGUACAUCUAUCUUUUGGAGUUAUGUGUUGACACCAACCUGUUUAUGGGACUGGGGAUGGAAAUUAGCCACCUGGCUAUAACCUUAUGUAUUUACAUGUAAAUGUUCAUUAAUGCAUUUAGGGAUGUCCUGAUGCGAUAUUGAUAUCAGAUGUUGGUCCGAGUCUGAAAAAGACGUUGCAGCUGAGUGCAAAACUUGUCAUGCACAAUUUGGCGCCAAUAAUGGAUCAAUGUCAGUAUCGGCCAAUACUGAGGGCUACAAUACCUGUAUCUGUAUAAAAAAGUUGUAUCAGGACAUCCCUCAAUGCAUUGUCCCAUUUAAAUAAAUAAAUCUCUAUCUCAGUAUUGACUUCAACACUGAGAUUGAGGAAAUUGCUCAUGAUUAAACUUUUAAAUUGGUAGUGUGGUCAGGUUUUUGGAGCAAUGUAUUUAGGAGCAGGUCUGCUUACACUGAAGCAUCUAUCUUCAGUGUCAUGUUUUGGGAUACGCCUUGUGCAUUUUUGUGUGUUUUUUUGUGUGUGUGUGUGUCUUCAGCCAAAAUGGUACUGGUUGGACAAUAGCGUUAGGGCUUGUUUUUUGUAUUGGAAUUUGUAUUGUUUGGCAUUUUUGAUGGUAAAAACUUGAAGAUGGAGGAUCACAGGUAUCAUGCAUCACAGGAGCCUCUUUUCCUCAAAAGCCAGCAUCUCUUGACUCAUGAGAGGGGUGAGCAAGGGUGCGUUUCAACCUAGAAUCUGACUGCAAAAUGCUUGACGUCGCUCAAUAUUCCUAUUUCUAUAUCCUGUACCUUGAAAGACAUGACACCAAAAGUGGUUUGGAUGUUCCCUCUGGAGCCAGUGAAUAUCUGCACCAAUGUUCAUGGUCAUUCAUCAAAAAAGGUUGUUGAGAUAUUUUGGUAUAAAGUGGUACAUGGACAGAAAAUGCCAUCUGCACAGCUAUGCUGCAGAUUUAAAAAGCAAUCUCCUGGUGCCAAGAUGUGAAAAUAUGGAGCCUUAUUUGAUAAGGUAUCAAUUUUCAAUGAUUUUCUCCAGGGCACCUGGAGGGAAUAUCUUCAAAUCUGGUACCAACACGGUCUCAAGUUUGAAGCCCGAUAAUCUUUAUUUCUGUGUUUUUCUUUUGAUCCAAAGAAAAGUGUCUUGAAAAAUAUAUUUUGAGACAUGAGUCAAGGAAUUAAAUCAAGUCAACUGCUGUGUAAGAUGCUGCUUCACACAGAUGUGAGAUAGGAGGAGCAUCAUGAAAAUAUCAAAAUUUCACUUGACUUUGAUGAAACGAUGCCCCUGAAAAACUUUGGUGUUUUUCCCGUUCCUUAUCACGAAAACGAUAUCUGAGAACUUUUGGAGGGAAAAAUCUUCACAUUUGGCACAAAUGUUCCCAUGUCCUCAAGAGAGAAAAGAUUAGAUCUUAGAUGUCAGAGGUCAAAGUCACUCUGACUCCACGUCUGUCCCAUCCCUCCAAAAAUGUCUCUUCAUCAAGCCCUUCAGGGAAUGUUGUUACACCUUAUUUAUCUUUACCUAAUCAGAUGUCCCAGAAAAACAACACCAUCUGUUAUCAAUCAGCUGUUUCUUUGCUCUUUCCCUCUUGUUAAACAUUUUGCUGCAAACGCUCUGUUCAGCUUUAGCCCACUACUACUGUUGUAUUAUUACACAGACGUAUCCACUGACCCUGUUACAGCUGCAGCUACACUGUAACAAUGACCUGUUGUGUCCACUGUACAUUGUCUGGUUAACAGAGGCAUGCAACAAAAACUCAUGGUGGUCAACCUGCGGUUUACAUGGUGUGAUUUUCUGAAAACAAUGAUUUGAUUGAAUAAAAGAAGGAUUCAGCUUAGGGCUGGGUGAUAUGGGAAGUUUAUCAUGAUGUCGAUAUAUAUCACAGUAUAAAAAAUGAAAUUUGACAGUGCUAAUUGGUAGCAUGUCUUUUGCAAUACAAUAAGCUCCUGCAUCUGUGAGGUCCUUGUGUCUCUUUGACGUUUUGUCGUAAGGCGCUGCGCUAGAGAUAGCUGUGUGAAUGGUCCGCUGUUUCGGCUGCACGGCGCCAUGGGCUCCUUGCCCUGCUCGGGCUUUGUAACCUUUUACAUUGUGCAUGCUCUGCUGCAUGGCACUGCUUCAGGUGGUGCGAAAGAUUUGAGGUAUUCCCUGACUUUGUGAGAACAUGUACUCGACAUAAUUUGCAGUGCACAUUACUCUGCUUCAUGUCCGACUUCAAAAAACCAAAAUACCUCCACAUCACCAGUGUUGGUUUGUGUGUAGCUGCAGCCUGCUACUAUGCAGUUGUUUGCUACUUGGUUCUAAUCCAGCACAUGAUUGGUUCAGUGUGAAGUAGAUCUGGAGCAACUCCCCUUUUCAUUGGCUAUGCGUAUAGUCUACCAAAACAUGGCAGAAUGCCAACUAUCGAAAAGAAUAUUGACCAGGUUUUAUUUUGAUAUUGAGCGAAAUUAAUUUUUGAUAUAUAUCAUUAUCCUUUUUUCGCCCAGCCCUAGUUCAGCUUCAUAGCUGCAUCUGUGAUACUAUAUAAAUGUGUUCUCCAGAUUUUUUCUGACCUCUUUGUUAGGUGAACUACGUACUGUAAGUACAAGUAGCACCAGUAUGGAAGAAGCAGCCAGUGUGAACUGGGAGGUUUAAACUGUCUUUUUGCAUAAAUACUUGUAUUGUGUUCAGCAGAGUCCACAAUGUGCACUUUCUGUGCAGCUGUGUAGCUCUGUUUAGUACCAGCUGACCUUUUUCCUGUGGAUUUUGUGCAAGCUGCCUGUAUGGUGGCUGAGUUGAGCUUGUGGCAGCUGGAUAUUUGGGCGGCCCUGCCAGUGAGGGAUGCAGCAGUAAACUGAUUUCACAAUCAGCCGCAGAGUAAAAUGUCACAACACCAAGUGUUUCUGUUGUCACUCCCAGAAGGGACUCCUACAUUGUUUUUCCCACAACGUGCACAGAGCCACAACGUGACUAAGAGUGAGCCUUGUGGUGCACCACUGCAAUAUGUUUUGCUUAUCGACAUGGAAGCUAUGCUUCAGUAGUUGGAAGGGACUGAGAAGCUUAGUUUUGUAUCCAUCAGAGACAAAUGUGUGAGCAUUUUCAGCACAUAAAGAGUGGCCAAGAAGUUAUUCAGGACGGUAGAUCACCUGUCCUCAAAAUAUACAACUAAAAGUUUUAGCUGAAGGGUCAAACCCAGUCAACUGAGUGCAGCCUCUGUGGAGACCGAUAAGCACUAGAAGACAAUACAUAAUAACUGAGUGACGUUACAGAGGUUGCAAGUUACAUGAUGCAACUCUGAAUUAGACAUAAAGGUGUUGGUUACAAAAAAUGGUGUAGCAUGAAAAGUCGGGCUUCAGUGCGGAGUACACACACUCAACAGAACAGCGAAGAGACACGAUCCACGUCACUUUGUGCAGCCAAGUGGCAGCUUGUUACUUAAAGCACCAUCUGCUGGCAUUUUACUGGUGCAUUGGUUGAAAACAAAGUGGCAAAGGUGCUUUCUCCAUACACUGAAUUAACCAUAUGCUUAUGUGUUUAUUUAGUCCAAGUCUGUUUGUGUAUAUUUCUCCAGCUGCUGAUGGCAAACUGCUGUUUAUUUAAUUGUCAAAUGACCAAGCUGUCCAAAAGAGGAGCUAAAGUUAUCAUGAAGUUGUGCCUCUCGGUAUCAGAAAUACUCCUCUGUCAGCCUCUUACUGCAGCUUUUUGAAAGAACUUCAUACAUCCAUCUGCUUGAGUCACUUCUGGUCACUUCCAUGGAUCCUUUCCAGCGUCCUUAUGCUUUGGCUGAGGGCCGGCUUUGGCUGCUCUCCCUUUGGUGGGUUUGGCUCGCUUGCCCAAAGGGAGGGAUAUUAAGCGGCCCUCAGAAUUUUAAUCUUGUCUGUUUGGGAUGUUUUGCCCUGGAGGCCGAGGAGCUGAAGCCAAGGCUGAACAUGAGGGAUAAAGGGCCGGCCAAUGGGCUGAGCUUGGCAUGGUGAAGAAAUGAAGCAACAGCCAACAGACACUGUCCCUUUCUUUCCAUGAAUCAGGGAUUUGGUCCACUGCAGGGUCAAGCGGCCAGCAAACAAUGGUGUUAUCCAGAGUAAAGAAACCCACCCUGUGUGGAUGUUUUCUGAGGGCUCGAUGGCAGAGGAGUUUUUCUGUUUGUCCACCUGACUGUUUGAGCACAAGCGCUGAGCUGAAACCAGCAAACACAGAAAUUAUGUAAUGUUUGAUCACAUUAAGUCAUCCGGUUUUCAGUCCAAAGUUUCUGGUUUGAUUUUAGUUUUUUUAUCGGCUCACUACAUCUUCAACAAAGACACUUAGCAGUCUUAAACAACAGCAGGUGAAUGGGUUUAAAUAAGAGUAGCAGCAGUUUUCACACUCUUUGAAUAAUGUAAUGUCUUGCACGAUACUUUGGAUUUCCUUAGAUGACAUUUUGUUCAUAAAUAUUUACACAGCAGCCAUAAAAAUUUUAGCAUCAGUGUUUACAGGCAGUCUUAAAAUGAUGGGUUGCAUACCGACUUGAUCAUGAUGGUUGUGGUAUUUUAUGGACCAUGAAAGGAAGAAAAGAGGCGGAUUUGAUUGGAGCGGAGACGGAGUUGUGCUGAGUGGCACUGGGAAGAGCUAUUUUGGAGUGUGAGAGUCAGUGCAUGCAGUCACAACAAUCGACUCAUUGAAGUGAUCAUAUGACAGCCCAGAAUAGCUCCAAAUGAGGAGAGAACAGAAGUGGUCCUGUAUCCACAAAGACUGUUUUGAUGUGGAGCGCCGGCCCGCAGCGCUGAUGUGUUUCUUCUUCUUUAUUUAGUGAGACUAAUGGCCAUGCAUCUUGGGAUGUUAAUGCUGAGCUUACUCCAAAGAUUAUGAUCUACUCGUCAUGAUGCAGCAUGCUCAUAGUGUGCUCCUCAGCCCACUUAGCUGACUGAUAAGAUUCCAGUUUUAGUUCAGCCAGAGUUCAGCCAAAAGGGGACUUUUAAUACGUUUUUACAAGUAAACUGGUUUCUCAGAAAGAACAGAGACUCACACACUGAAAAUGUCACAGCCCUGGUGUUAUGAUAUUUAAAACACUUCAGAGAUGCUUUAAAUUUUUUUGAGAACAUGAAACAUUUAUCGUCUGGAAGUUAACAAUGAAAGUUAGGAAGAAGAUUUUCAGAGGUAUGAUUAAUUUAGAGUUUAACUCUGAAAGACUGAACCGAAUCUGAUGCAGGAGGAUAAUGUUAGACUGAGUCCCAUGGACUCAGAUCAGAGCAUGAGCUAGUUAUACGGAGGUCCAGCUGCAGUAAUGUGGUGGAGGAGGUGUUUGUUAUGUCGACUUUGCUUUUUUUACUCUGAACCAGAUACUGCCGUCACCAUUUGCAGCACAUGCCAUCGUAACAGAGGACCAACUGGUUAGAUUCACAAGAAAAAAACAAAGUCUUUUUUUUUAAUUGAAGCAGUAGAAACUGUUUCUUCACUGUCUGAAUAUGUGUACAGUCACCUUGGGUUGUCCUCUUUCUGUAUGAGGUGGAAUAUUCACUGGCCUAUUUUUAUAUAUAAACCUCUCUGGUGAUAAUUACCAUCAAACCUCAAAGACUUCCCCAGUUUUCAGGUUUGUUUGUAUCAAACACAUUUCAAAUCAGCAACUUCUGCAUGUUCAAAUGAAUCAGGUCACACCUGAGAGAGGCUGCUUUUAAUAUUCUGAUGCAGAUUCCUGAAACGAGUUCGAGCAGCUCCUUCACAGAGAUGAACUUUUACCUUCUGACAAUUUUAAAGUUUUAUUUUUAACCUUUUAACUUCUGUUUGUAACUGUUCUCCAUAAGCCUUUCUUUGAAUCUCAUACCUCUCCCACACAUCCUCGUAGAUCUAGCUUAAAUUUGUCUAGUGUCAGAAUCUACCCCAUUUGAGGACUUUAAUGGUCUUAAUUCAAACUUCCUUUCACACAAACAAAGGGAAACUCUGUAGAUGCAAACUUCAAGUUAAUACAAAGUGGAACAUUAUGGUUAUUAUAGGUUUUGUGGCCUUUGUCUAAAAAAUAACUGACAGGAAAGCCUGUUUAAAAUGGAUGAAACCGCACAUUGAGUGAACAACGAUGUGGGUAACACAGGAUGUAAGGCGUAGCUUUAGUUGACACACUUUUUUUCCCCUUUACCAAUAAAGUGGAAACACCAACAAGGUCAUUGUUCUUAUUUUGUCACACAGUUUGUUUGUUAGUAAAUCUACGUUAUUUGACACAGGCGGUUUUGUAAACCAGAAUUCUAGUAUGGUGGAAAACCUGUUCACUGCACACUAUCUGGCUUAUUAUCCUGCUAUCAAUGAAAAAAAAUAAAUCAUCUUACAACCAAUACUUUAUAUCGGCUUGUUUUUGAGUUUAAAAAUGAUGUAUUUAUACAGCUAAAAAUGAUCCAUCUGAUUAUGCUCUACUAAUGCUUCCAUGGCAACAGCAUUUUAAUGGAUUACUUGCUGCACCAAUUAACUUUAAACUGAAUAUUUCAAUUCCUGGUCAAAUUAAAACAUUAGCCUGUUUAUUUGUAAAAGGUGCAUUCAACUGAACAUUUCUAUGAAAGUGGAGCAGGACUUUUACAGGAAGAUGUACGCUGACAUUUCUGUCCUCAUUCAGUACCUUUUAAAGAUAAAAAAAGACAGAGGUUUCAACUCUAACAUCAGUGCUCCCAUCACUAUCAUGCCCCCCAGCUCUGAUGUCAUUGCACGGUUUGCAGGACAGCAUGUUGAUGCACUUUCCUCUGUCAGAGAUUGUUGAAGCCCAGUCACUCCUCAGGCUCCUCUCAUAUCUGUCAGACCUGCCUGAUGGCUGCAAUUAUUUCCUCAGGUGGAAGAAUGGAAACAAGCGUUUUUACCUGUGUUAACAGGCAGAAGUAGAAGAAAUACGCAUUUUUCCACAGAUUAAUCUAUCAUGAUGUGUGUGUGAGAGAGAGAUCAGGUUGUCUUUGGGAUUAUUUUAGCUGUUAAUAACUGAAAAAGGUGUCAGCCCCUUAAAAAAAAAGUUGAUCCUUCAAGGGUUAGACCGUGUGGUGUUAAACUUUCAACUUAAUCUCAUAUAUCAGAAUCUUUUAGAUCUCCUAUCAUCCGUGUAUGGCGACCAUUACUGUCAGAGAAGUUUAUUAUCAAACUUCGCUUUUUGAAUAUGUAACGCACACACUUCUGUAACUAUAACUGGAAUAUCUUCAAACUCAACCCAAGAUAACCCUGAUGGUGCUUACAUAAUCAUCAUCUCCACAUGAUUUGCUUCCUCUGUGAUUUAACUAUUCUCCCGCAGAGCCACAAAAACACUAUGUAAGGGUGGAGUUUUACUUAUUCCCAUGUUGAAAAUUACUUCAUCUCCAAAUGAGUUUGGAGGCUUCCUCAGCUAAAGUAAAUGUUGUGUGUUUUACUGUGAAAGUAGCUGGACAUUAAAACUUUGAUUUAACCGUUCGCUGUUGUCUUUCGUGGCCUUCAAAUGAUGAAUUUUUAAGCAGAUUCCAAACUGUCUCAAUUAUUAAAGACAUCCAUCACAAAAAAUGUUUUCUUUAUCUUUUUUAACAUGUCACAGCCACAUAAAUUAAGCUGUUACAUCAAAAUGCGUCCUGUUUUUUUGUGUUUCCCCAGAUGUCCAAGCAGGAAAAGCAGCAGCAGAGGAAAGAGAAGGCGCGCUCCAAAGGCCCCUCAGAGUCAAGCAGGGAGAAAGGGGCUCCGCGUUCCCGACAGGACCCCAACGCCAGCAGUGGAGCCGAGGGUGAUGUGUCAUCAGAGAGGGAGCCCUAGGUUAGAAGGGUGAGGAAGCAUAAGAGAUGCUCAAUGAAGAGCUUCAAUCAGAGUUUAAUUUUAAAGUCUGACAGACCCAGACUGGAUUGAAAUAACAGAGAUUUACUUUGAGAACAUAGAGGCUACGGAUCAAGUUUUCUCUCUUUAUUUUGGUGUCACUGUAUGACUGAUGCUUCAAUCUUUGAUGUUAUACCAAACGCAGUACCUCAAAGUCACAGACACACACAAAACGCCAACAUAUUUGUCCUCUGAAUGUACAUUCAAAGCAGCCUCCUAGUUACAUACACUGUAUAAUGUAUUAAAAAACACGGUCACACACAAAGGGUCAAAACUCUUUGCCAAUAGAAGGCUGCUUGCAUAACUCUGUCUGUAUUGACCAUAGACAGUAUAUAGAAUAGACGCCGUCUGCCUCCUCACUGGGUGGAGCCACCCCGAGAACAGCACCCUCUGGUGACGGGCUGAAGUAUAGGUCAUAAAUCCCACCUCUUCCAGCCAUCCCUAUGAAGCUGUGGACAAACUUUAGAAAUUAAUUAUACAGAAUAUACAUUUUUCUCCCCCUUGCUGGUGAUUUUUUUUUUGUGCAGCUCCAUUUUUAAAAGUUAUUAGGGGUUCAUGUUUUUUACGAUGGACACUUGAUACAGCCUAUGGGUGUGCAAAGCUUGUUUAGCUCUCCCGGAGGAUAUGCUGUUGUAGCUGAGCGUCAUUACAGCAACUCUUGGUGACUCGCCUGCUGAAUGCGUACAAUACUACUGCGCAAUGUUGGUUUCAGGAAGUGGAGUGAAGUGGAAUAACUCAGAAAUACCGUGAGCUUUUUGGCUUCAAAUCCAUAUACUGACGGAAGGCGGAACCAAGGUGUCCAUAGUAUAUACAGUCUAUGGCAGUGGUUCUCAAGUCCAGUCCUCGAGGCCCACUGUCCUGCAUGUUUUGGAUGUUUCCCUGCUCCAACACACCUGAUUCAAAUGAUCAGCUCGUUAUCAAGCUCUGUACCGGCUUAAUAACGAGCUGAUCAUUUGAAUCAGGUGUGUUGGAGCAGGGAAACAUCCAAAACAUGCAGGACAGUGGGCCUCGAGGACUGGAUUUAAGAACCACUGGUCUAUGGUAUUGACCUUUUUAAUAAAAGGCUACAGAUUGAAUUUCAGAGCUGAAAGAAACCCUUCAGGUUUUCAAGUUUCAGGGUUAUUUUAUGGAAAGUGCCACCUGUUAGUUGUAUUGGUUUGUAAAAAAGUUAUUUUUUCCCCUGGAGGGAAACAAGCUUUAAAAAUCAGAACCAUUGUUUUGAUUGAUAUUGCGAUCAUAACUGUUAGAAACUCAUGAUUUGGCACAUUUACACAACUUAAAACCCCUUUAAAACUUAAAAGCUGAAAUCUACAAUAAAAAAAAGAACAUUUGAAACAACUGUAAGAUGGAUGUCUGUCGGACUGACUGGACCUUAUCAAUUUAAAAAACAAACAUCUGUUUUAACACUGAAAGAGAUCAUUCAUCAACAAUGUGCAGACUUUCAGGGCCCAAUGAUUGAGGAUGUAUUAAAAGAUACUCAAAGAUAUGGAGCACCUACACUCACCGGCCACUUUAUUAGGUACACCAUGCUAGUAACGGGUUGGACCCCCUUUUGCCUUCAGAACUGCCUCAAUUCUUCGUGGCAUAGAUUCAACAAGGUGCUGGAAGCAUUCCUCAGAGAGCUUGGUCCAUAUUGACAUGAUGGCAUCACACAGUUGCCGCAGAUUUGUCGGCUGCACAUCCAUGAUGCGAAUCUCCCGUUCCACCACAUCCCAAAGAUGCUCUAUUGGAUUGAGAUCUGUUGACUGUGGAGGCCAUUUGAGUACAGUGAACUCAUUGUCAUGUUCAAGAAACCAGUCUGAGAUGAUUCCAGCUUUAUGACAUGGCGCAUCCUGCUGAAAGUAGCCAUCAGAAGUUGGGUACAUUGUGGUCAUAAAGGGAUGGACAUGGUCAGCAACAAUACUCAGAUAGGCUGUGGCGUUGCAACGAUGCUCAAUUGGUACCAAGGGGCCCAAAGAGGGCCAAGAAAAUAUUCCCCACACCAUGACACCACCACCACCAGCCUGAACCGUUGAUACAAGGCAGGAUGGAUCCAUGCUUUCAUGUUGUUGACGCCAAAUUCUGACCCUACCAUCCGAAUGUCGCAGCAGAAAUCGAGACUCAUCAGACCAGGCAACGUUUUUCCAAUCUUCUAUUGUCCAAUUUCGAUGAGCUUGUGCAAAUUGUAGCCUCAGUUUCCUGUUCUUAGCUGAAAGGAGUGGCACCCGGCGUGGUCUUCUGCUGCUGUAGCCCAUCUGCCUCAAAGUUCGACGUACUGUGCGUUCAGAGAUGCUCUUCUGCCUACCUUGGUUGUAACGGGUGGUUAUUUGAGUCACUGUUGCCUUUCUAUCAGCUCGAACCAGUCUGGCCAUUCUCCUCUGACCUCUGGCAUCAACAAGGCAUUUCCGCCCACAGAACUGUCGCUCACUGGAUAUUUUUUCUUUUUCGGACCAUUCUCUGUAAACCCUAGAGAUGGUUGUGCGUGAAAAUCCCAGUAGAUCAGCAGUUUCUGAAAUACUCAGACCAGCCCUUCUGGCACCAACAACCAUGCCACGUUCAAAGUCACUCAAAUCACCUUUCUUCCCCAUACUGAUGCUCGGUUUGAACUGCAGGAGAUUGUCUUGACCAUGUCUACAUGCCUAAAUGCACUAAGUUGCCGCCAUGUGAUUGGCUGAUUAGAAAUUAAGUGUUAACGAGCAGUUGGACAGGUGUACCUAAUAAAGUGGCCGGUGAGUGUAUGUCUUGCAGUCGAAGCGCGCCUCAUUUAUACUGAGGCCACUGUCCUCAUUGCAGCUGUUGCUGGUUCAACUCCCGGCCAUAACCCUUUGCUGCAUUUCCUCACAUACAGCAAGAUACUUCUGCAGGCAGAUAAACCGUGUAGUUCAUCUGUUAAAGACAGCUUGACCCUGAAUUGUGCAGAGAGACCAGCACACCUGAGAAGGAAACAGUCCUGUGAAAUGUACAGUCGUGUCCUCCCGCUAAAAAAAACUACACUGGACUUUUUUUUUUUGCUGUUUUGUCAACUUGUGUGGCUGCAACCAAAAUAUUCCUCCCCCAUUUAUCAUAUUAGAAUGUGUCGAGAACAAUAUGGCAGCUUUGAAUGUGCAGCUUGAAGAAAAAGACAGGAGCGUUAACAUUCUCCUUGGCAUCUCUGUUUUCUCCUCCUCCUGUCUGCGCCUGCUCUGUUUGUUGUGGUUGACGCUGCACAGAAACUCAGCAACACUCAUGAGAGACAGACCUGUUUCUCAGUCUGUGGUUCAUUUUAAGAGGAGAGAGGGCGGGCAGAGGAGAGGAAAGGUCGAGGUUACUCUUAUUCGCCUUCAGUCCUUCAGUAUUUGUUUAGCAGUGCAAAAACAGAGGACUUGUGGGGGAGUAAAGAUGGGGAGGCAUUGAGUCAGCUCCCCGCGUGUCCCCCCUGCUCUGGCUGUCUCGGCUCCUGUAGCACCGCUCCUCUCCCGAUGUGAACUCUGAGGAAGGCACGCACAUUUACCGAUACGCCGUCAGACAAGCAUUAAAACUACACUCAGAGAACAGCCAUAGUUCCUGUUUCUCUGUUGCACUUGGCCACAGUCGUAAAGUUAGCUGCAGACAGUUAAAUCAUGUCUGACUCAAGUGUUAUCAUCUGAAAUGAAAACUGAUGGCGUGUUAUUUUUGUCUUUUUCGCUACAGUUUUGUCUGUUCCACACACACACCAUCCCAUGUGGGACCUUGUAAGCCUGUUGUCCUGUCUCGUGUUCUCUACAGCAGGGGGCCCUCUGCUGUAAUCCUAAAAUGCAUGUUGGGUAAAUAUGUGCCCCAAGACAUGUAGACUUCAUCACCUCGUUACAUAAGGCCUUUUUGUCUGACGGAGAGCCAGAGCGAGGGAGACAGGAGGAAGAGGGGGAAAUGAGAAAGAAGAAGAAGAAGAAGCAGGAAAAACAUUUGAAGGAGUUGACAGAGUUAUUUGGGGUCUUUUUUAAUCUCUCUACACGCAGAACGUUUCCAGCGGAGAGGUGAAAGAGAAAUGUGGAUUGAGAGAGAUGUCGGACAAGGGUCUUGUUGUGUGCAUAUUUUAAAGAGAGAUUUGGUGUUCUUGAGGUGAGCUUUUACAUGACUUAAACAUGAGCACAGCUGAGCUGUCCUCAGAAGAAGUCAGUCAUGGCAGCCCCUCAUUAUCCUCUCCAGUCUGUCCUCAUCUUCAUCCAAAAAUGUUCUAAACAGCAGAAAAAGAAGGCUCCUUCUGCACAUUUGGCUACUUUCAGCAAUAUCCCACCCAUAAUGUCAAUUCCAGUUUUACUUUUUUGCAACUCAACUAUUAAAGACCUGUCAGAGUGGAUUUAACUCUCAUUUUCAAUUUUUUAUAAUGCUGCUCUCACAAUGUGGAGCCAUUUUAUAUUUUAUAAAGCCUACACUCUCUUUCUUUGUUGAGACAGAUCUACUUCUCCAAUAAGCGACCAAUUCCUUUCACCGUUGUGUCAUCAAAUGAGUAUUUCUAUUAAAAAGAAGAUGACCUCUGCUGUCCUCACUUCUUUAUGCUGUGAAAAAAGAUCAACCUGAACAUGAACUUGAACUGGCACCGUGCACUUUUAAAAAAAUGUGACAAAAAUAGUUCCUGGAUUUGUAACGGCUAACCUAGGUCAAAGUAGUUUUCUUAGUUGACAGUUAAUCUGCGCAUCUUUAAAAAGUCUCCACAGUAAGGGUUCAUUUCAACAGGAGGAGAGAUCUAAAGGUCCAAGUGAGAAUAAAAUGUGCAUGUAUGGAUAUGUCAGCCAAAGUGAUUUCAGCAUUCUGGAUAGUUGUGUGUUGCUACUGAAUAAGUGUAAUCUUUUCUAAAAUCAUAGAUUUAGCUCAUAGAUUAAAAUCAGAUUUACACCAGAGCUGGUCUUUAAUAAAUGUGUGUUUACACUAAAACACACAAAUGGUAGAAAAUGCUCAGUUAAACAUGAAAUAACCAGUUGAUGGGGAUAGUGUGUGAUCAGUCUGUCAUGUUGGAACAACCUCAGAAGAGUGUUGUGUGCAGGAAUAUGUUCCGUUUCUUGAGUGGGCAGCUGGUUACCUGUGAAACUCCUCCUCCUGACUGGUGAGCGUGCGCAUUGCUUCAUUCCCUUCCUUGCUGUUGAACUGUGUGUAGCGUUUCGUUUCCUCCUGAAAGCGCUCUCUUGCUGUUUUGGUUUAUUUUCUAUCUGUAAUUUAUCAGUACAUCUGUCUGUUUAGAAAGUCUGUAAGUAUUUCUGAUAGUUUUCACCAAGCACUGUUUUUAUCUCCACUCCGGGCGAUCCCUCUGACCAUUUACUUUAUUAGCUCCUAGCUUAGCUUCUCUUAGCUACACUUGCUAACGAUGGCUUCCCCCCGGUCGCCUGCUUCUCCUGCUCGCUUCUGCUCAGUGUGUCAGAUGUUCAGUUACUCCUCGUCCUCCUUAGACGAUAACGAUACCUGCUUUAAGUGUAGUUUAUUCUUAGCUCUGGAGACGAGGAUUACAGAGUUAGAAAAGCGGCUCCGCACCGAUGCUAGUGUAGCGAUAGCCAGCCAGGACUCGGUAGCCGGUGCGGGUCGGCCUAGCUUAGCCUCCCCCCCGGCGAAUCCCGAGCAGCCGGGAUGUAGUAGUGGUUGGGUCACUGUGAAAGGGAAGCAUAGCAGUAGACCUAAGAAGCCCACGGUAGACCACCACAUUCACACUUCAAACAAAUUUGCCCCUCUCAGCAACACACCUGCUGAGCCUGACGCUCUUGUGAUUGGAGACUCUGUAGUCCGAAAUGUGAAAUUAGCGAAGUCAGCGGCCAUAGUUCAGUGUCUCCCGGGGGCCAGAGCGGGCGACAUCGAAGGUAGUUUAAAACUGCUGGCAAAGGCUAAACGUAAAUUCCGUAAGAUUGUAAUACAUGUCGGCAUAAAUGACUCCCGACGCCGCCAGUCGGAAGUCACUAAAUUGAACGUGGAAUCGGUGUGUGAAUAUGCCAAGACCAUGUCGGACUCCGUAGUUUUCUCUGGUCCCCUGCCCGAUCAGACAACUGAUGAGAUGUGUAGCCGUAUCUCAUCAUUCAACCGCUGGCUGUCGAGGUGGUGUCCGCAAAACGGCGUGAGCUUCAUUGAUAAUUGGAAGUCAUUUUGGGGCAAGCCUGGUCUGAUUAGUCGGGACGGCAUUCAUCCCACCCGAGAUGGAGCGGCCCGUUUAUCCAGAAAUCUGGCCGAUUUUAUUAAUCCGAACCACUGACAAUUCAAAGCAGAGAUCAGGGAGCAGGGCCGCAGUCUUACACGCCCCCCUGCGCCUCUUUUAGAGCAGCCUCCCAGCCACUACCACUUAUACACAGAGACAAGGGAGCAGAGCCGCAGUGUAAAACGCCCUUCUGUACUCCCUUCAGAGCAGCUUCCAAGCUACAAUCAGCUUGACUUAGAAAUCAGGGAGCAGAGCCGCAGUGUAAAACGCCCCUCUGUACUCCCUUCAGAGCAGCUUCUAAGCUACUCUCAGCUUGACAUAGAAAUCAGGGAGCAGAGCCACAGUGUAAAACGUCCCUCUGUACUCCCUUCAGAGCAGCUUCCAAGCUUCUCUCAGCUUGACAUAGAAAUCAGGGAGCAGAGCCACAGUGUAAAACGUCCCUCUGUACUCCCCUUCAGAGCAGCUUCCAAGCUACUCUCAGCUUGACAUAGAAAUCAGGGAGCAUAGCCACAGCUCUACACGUUCCUCUGUACUUUUGUUAGAGCAGCCUCCUAGCUACUGUCACUUUAAUAUAGAGACUGUGUCUGUCCCUCGUACUCGGCUCUCAAAUUCUAACCGAUCAAUUAAAAAAGGAGUAAAUAACAAGAACCUUACUAGAAUUAAGACUGUUAACAUAGCUGAACCAAGUACUAGUAAGAUAAAAUGUGGCCUACUGAAUAUAAGGUCUCUAAAUUCAAAAUCUGUGUUAAUAAAUGAACUAAUCUCUGAUCAUCGCAUUGAUUUACUCUCCCUAACCGAAACAUGGCUGCGUAAGGAUGAAUAUGUAAGUUUAAAUGAAUCCACUCCUCCUAGCCACCUAAACUUUCACAUUCCUCGAGACUCCGGCCGAGGUGGUGGAGUUGCAGCUAUCUACAAUUCCAGUCUUAGAAUUAACCCAAGACCAAAACUAGAUUAUAACUCUUUUGAAAGUCUCGUUCUCAGUCUCCCGCACCCAGCCUCAAAGUCCAUGAGACCACUGGUAUUUGCUAUAGUUUACCGCCCUCCGAGCCCAUACUCUGAGUUUUUGUCAGAGUUCUCAGAGUUCCUAUCCGAAUUAGUCCUUCUCGCAGAUAAAGUCAUCGUCGUCGGUGACUUUAAUAUUCACAUAGAUGUGGAAAAUGAUAGCCUAAGCAUUUCUUUUCGGUCCUUGCUAGAUUCAAUUGGGUUUACACAGUGUGUACAUAGACCUACGCACUGCUUUAACCACACUCUCGAUCUCGUCCUGGCUUAUGGCCUCGAAACUGAUGCCCUGUUAGUCAGCUCAUUAAAUCCUCUAUUAUCUGAUCACUGUCUAGUAACUUUUGAAUUUGUGCUCUCAGGUUACUCUCCUCACAACAAAGUCGUGCUAACUAGAAGGUUGUCUGAAAAUGCUGUUACUAAGUUCAAGGAGGUAAUUCCGUCUGCUCUAAAUUCUGUAGUUGAGAAAAACUUUACUGAUAGCUCAUAUUUAAACAUCAGUCCCUUGCAACUCGACCAGUUUGUUGAUGAUACCUCAGGCACACUGCGAUCAGUUCUAGACUCAGUUGCCCCUCUUCGACAGAAAACUAUUACACGCGAGAGGCUAGCCCCGUGGUAUAAUGCUGAAACCCGUGAGCUGAAACAGUUAUUAAGAAAAUGUGAAAGGAUUUGGCGCUCCUCCAAAACAGCUGAAGCUCGUUUUCUCUGGCAGGAAUGUCUCGAUAAAUAUAAGAAAGCCCUACGACGUGCUCGGACAACCUACUACUCGUCUCUUAUUGAGGAAAAUAAGAAUAACCCCAGAUAUCUCUUCAGCACUGUAGCCAGGCUGACAGACUGUCCGAGCACCACUGAACCAUGUAUCCCAUUAGCCCUUAGCAGCAAUGACUUCCUGAGCUUCUUCAAUGAUAAAAUCUUAAAAAUAAGAGGUAAAAUUAGUAACCUAUUGACUCCACCAAGUGUCUCUCUCUCAGAUAACCCUAAAAAUGUUGAGGAGCCCCUAAGGCCUCUGGUGCACCUUAGUAAUUUUGUACCUAUUGACCUUCCUGAGUUAAAAUCAGUGGUGCUAGCAGCCAAACCAUCGACGUGUCUCUUAGACCCAAUUCCAUCUAAAUUGCUGAAGGAAACUCUUCCUUUGAUUAGUACGUCCCUGCUCAAAAUGAUUAACACGUCUUUAUUAACAGGAUAUGUUCCCCAGUCUUUCAAGACUGCAUUGAUUAAGCCUCUCCUUAAAAAACCUACUCUAGACUCAAGCUCCCUAGCUAACUAUAGACCAAUAUCCAACCUUCCUUUUAUUUCUAAAAUCCUAGAGAAAGUUGUUGCGAAUCAACUCUGUGAUUUUCUCCAUAACAAUGGUUUAUUAGAGGAUUUCCAGUCUGGGUUUAGAACCCAUCACAGCACAGAGACUGCUCUGCUAAAGGUGUCAAAUGACCUACUCAUGGCCUCAGACAAUGGUUUUCUCUCUGUUCUAGUCCUGUUAGAUCUUAGUGCAGCAUUUGACACAAUUGACCACUCCAUCCUGCUUCAGAGACUAGAACAAUCUAUAGGCAUAGCAGGAUCAGCUCUCUCCUGGUUUAAAUCGUACCUAACAGAUCGAUCCCAGUUUGUCAAUGUAAAUAAUAAAUCCUCUGCACACACCAAAGUGUGCUACGGUGUGCCGCAAGGGUCAGUGCUCGGUCCAAUCCUCUUCACCCUGUAUAUGAUUCCGCUGGGUAAAAUUAUGAGGAAGUAUUCGAUUAAUUUCCACUGUUAUGCAGAUGACACCCAGCUAUACCUAUCCAUAAAGCCAGAGGAAGCAGGCCAGGUUGCUAGGUUAGAAGCCUGCCUCAAAGAUAUAAAAUCCUGGAUGACCAAUAACUUUCUAAUGCUCAAUUCAGACAAAACUGAAGUUCUGGUCCUCGGUCCUAAACACCUUAGAGAGGCGUUCUCUAGUAAUUUAGCUACAUUUGAUGGUAUCAGCCUGGCAUCCAACCCCACUGUGCGUAAUCUAGGAGUUGUAUUUGAUCAGGAUUUAUCUUUUAGCUCCCACAUUCAACAAAUUUCUAGGACAGCCUUUUUCCACCUGCGCAAUAUCUCAAAAAUUAGACGCAUAUUGUCUCAGAGCGAUGCAGAAAAACUAGUCCAUGCCUUUGUUACCUCUAGGCUGGAUUACUGUAAUUCUCUCCUAUCAGGCUGCUCUAGUAAGUCAUUAAGGACUCUUCAGCUGGUCCAAAAUGCAGCAGCUCGGGUAUUGACUAGAACUAGUAGAAGGGAGCACAUCUCCCCUGUUUUAGCCUCUCUUCACUGGCUCCCUAUUAAAUAUAGAAUUGAGUUUAAAAUCCUCCUUGUGACAUAUAAAGCGCUUAAUGGCCAGGCGCCAUCAUAUCUCGACGAGCUAGUUAUACCGUACUUUCCAUCUAGACCGUUACGCUCACAGUCUGCAGGUCUGCUCGUUGUACCAAAUGUCUCUAAAAGUAGUGUUGGAGGAAGAGCUUUCAGCUACCAGGCACCUCUCCUCUGGAAUCAUUUACCGCUCGAGGUUCGGGGGGCAGACACACUCUCAACUUUCAAGAGUAGACUUAAAACGUUCCUCUUUGAUAAAGCCUAUAGUCAGGGCUGAUUUGAACCAGCUCUUAGUUAUGCUGCUAUAGGCCUAGACUGCCGGGGCUAUCUGGCACACUGAGCUAGAAUCUGUCUCUAUCUCCUCUUUAGAUCUUUAUGUCCCAUAUAAGUCACUGACCAGUUUUCUGUCUCUCUGAGUGUCUCUGAGUCUUUUAGCUGCCACUGGACUAAUGCUGCAAACGGUCUGCUGCGGAACUGCCUGACCCCAGCUGCAUCCAUCCUGGGCCCUGAGCUCCUCCAUCUCUUUGGCUCUUUGGCUUCUCUGGACCGUUGCUGCAGAGACCCCCCCCCCCCCCCCCUGAGCUCCUUCUUCUCUCUGAUUCCUCUGGACUGUUACUGUUACUGCAGACAUGAACAUCAGCCUCACUGUCAUUAUUGACAUACAAAAUAGAACUGACUACGAUUAAGCCUGCUAACUGUAAUCACACUCAAUUAAUUCAACAUUGUCCAUUAUUUCUCAUAUCCUAAACCUGUAAACUGAACGUCUUUUUGUUUCACCAUUACAUGAGCUGUUGUCGUUGUUGCUGUUGUUCCUGCUGCCUCCUGUCUCUCUCUCACCCUCGUUCCCUACUCUCUCUCCCUCCCCCUCCCUCUCCGUACUAAUUCUCUCUCGCCUUUCCCCUAUCUUGCUGUCUCUCUCCCUCCCCCUGUCCUCUCCCCCUCUCCCCUCUUCUCUCUACAUUCCUCCCCAACCCAGCAGCGGCAUGGUGGCUGUCUAGCAUGAGUCUGGUCCUGCCCAAGGUUUCUGCCUGUUAAAAGGAAGUUUUUCCUUGCCACUGCUACUCAUGUUAGUUGAGAUGGGCCAAAACCCAUCUUAGGUUGGUUCUUGAUCAUCAAACAAUGAGCGUGGUCUCGACCUGCUCUUGUUCUUUGGAAAGCGUCUUGAGAUGACGACUGUUGUGAAUUGGCGCUAUAUAAAUAAAAUUUGAUUGAUUGAUUGAUUGAUUGAUUGAGAGUUGUGCGGAGCAUCCUUUAAACUGUGUGGUACAGUUUUUGCUGAAUAAUGAUAAAGCUCAGCAAGGUUCCUUGUAAACAGUACCAAGCAGACUUGAAAAAACUGGUAGUCCACCUUAUUGGCAAACCAACAAUCGCUGCCUUGCACAAGAUGAGGUAAUAACAUCAGCAUUUUCAUCAACUUCAGACGAGAAGUGAAAAUACAGAUAGAAAUCUACAUUUCAAAAACAUUUGAAUAUGUGUGAACUAGGGCUGUAAAGUCCUGGUCGUCUUAUUGGUCGAUACUGCUGUGUCGUCCAAAAUUCUGAUUGGUCAACUAGAUUUUUUUCCGCGUCAAUUUAAAGUCUAUGGUUAAUUUCAUCAGGAGGAACGUACCAAACGCUAAUGGGGGGUGUUUUCAGAGCAUACACGUUUCACAGGUAACAGCCUGUUUCCGAACACCCCCCUUGUUUUCACCAUUUUAGAUUUGCCCAACCCCCUGGAGACCGUCUGGAAACAGGAGGAAGAUUGAAGAGUUUCCACAUUGAUCAACGUUCUGUGGUUUGCAGGAUAAAAUAUUUGUGUUUAAUUGCCUUCUUGUGCUGAUAUCAGUAUAUUUUUGUGCCGCUGAGCCAUGUCGUCCCAUGCCGCAGAGGGGUUUGUCUCCCUCCCAUUAGUCGAUUUUUGGUCGAAAAUUUCAGGGUUUUAGUCGACCAAAAAUGUCUUUGGUUGAUUGUAGCCCUGGUGUGAACAAGCUAAAGUUUCUAUUCAUCAAUGUUUCCAGUUAUUAAUGACAGAAACAAUGGCUGUAUAAGUGAUGUGAACCUUGAUACUUACAGAGAUGAAACUGCAGGGAGUCAUCAGCCUUCUGGUUUUGUUGAAACACUUGCUCAUAAAACCAGAAACUAAAAGAGAGAAAAAGUUUAAGCAGAGUUCAUGAAGUGGACAGUAAUUUGCUUUGGAAUAAUUUUCAUUGCAACAAACGAUUGCAACUCCACAAAAGAUGGAAAAACCAAGGCGCUCUUUCAGAAAACUGUUUAUUUAUAAUAGAAACCACAAACAUGCAUGUCAUGUUAAAAAAGAGCAGGCAUACAACCCACGCUUAGUAGCGCAGCAGCCUUCCUCAGGGUGUAAUCCUCAGCACACCAUCAGCCUCUUAAAAACAUCAGUAAACUGAGAGCACCUGAGUUCACAGGUGUGAGAGCAAGGCAUGGUCGCCAAAUGACUCUCCAACAGUGUUAAUAUAGCUGCCACAGAAUAAAAUGCCCAUUAUUUUAAGCCACACUUCAGUCAUAUCUGCCUUUUAGUUUGAUUUUUUAUUUAUUUUUUACUCUAGUUAUAAUUGACAAAAAGUUAAGCCUUUAAUGUAGAUUUAGUCAAUCAAAAGUCAUCAAAUAAAAUCCACUUCAGACAUUUUUGUCUUAUCAUCUCAUCAAAAACAAAACCUUGAUUUGUCUUGAAUAUUUAUUAUCAGUAAUUUAUUUUCUUAUUUCGCUGAAAAAAAGCCACAAACUUGGAAAAAAUGUACCCAUAAAGAAAUAUACCAUCAACCAAAACCUAUACUGAAAUAAAAAUUGUGAACAUUUUUUCCCCUGAUUUCCAGCUUUUUUUUCCCUUUGGUUAUUUGUGUCGGAGAGUCAUUUGCUCCCUCACCUGUGAGCCCAAUUACCACCUUCUCAGGUGCGCUUAUUUAACUGGUUUAUUUAAGUGGCUGAUGGUGUGCUGAGGGCUACACUCCAAAAACGGCUGUUGUGUUGCUGUGCGUACAUUGUAGUCCUGCUUUUUACAUGACCUGCAUUGCAUGUAUUUGUUGCAUUUCUGUUUAUGCAGUUUAAUACAGGAUUUCUGAAUUUGUCUGCCUUUCUUGGAUUUCUGUGUGCCCCACCGUAGAACACGUUUGAACAAGAGAAACCUCUGAGCCCUCCAGACCCUCUUUCUUUUGUUUAAAGUUUUGAGAGAAACCAUCCUUGAACAGAGGUGGUAGACUAGAGCAUGUCUUAUCCCCCACUUACAAUUCAGCUUUGGAUUCUUUUAGACAACAAUCCAAACAAAGCUUGUGUGCUGGACCACAGGCUCCAACAUCAUGCAAGCAUAGCAAACCCGAAGAUACCCACUGGUGUGAAAACAUUGAAGCGCUAACAUUUUCUAUGUGCUAUAGUUGUGAUGUGCGGUGAUUGAGUGAUUCAGCACAUACAGCUGGGUCAACAGUUUGUGUGUAUAUGUGUCUAAUUGUGGCUGGUGUUAUUUGUCUUUCAUUUGCAGCUGUACCUUUCUCGUAGCGGCUUUUAUUCAGAUGAUUACAGUGUUCAUUCUGGAUAAUAUGAAUAAAAGGACCUAGAGACACGCACUAAUAGCUUUGCUCUUUUUGUCUGUUGCAGACAUUUUGCCAGGGACAUGACGGUGAUCACACUUUCCUCAGGAAGGCCUGAAAUGUCAGUGACUCUCUCACCUGAUCUUGGACUGUCCUCUUUCCUGUCUGGAAAUCACGGGGCCUGCAGCAGAACACCAUCGCCUCCCUCGUGUCUUUGGCCUCUCUCCUCCAAAAUAAGAUCAGUUCAGCCACUAUAUAUGCCUCUUUGAAAAGGUUGAUGCACAAAGUGCACAUGGAGGGUCACAUGGAAAGGACAUCUGCAGCACUUCACUGUGGUUUUCAGAGUUUUCUCACUAUCUUACCAUGUUUGUGCCUCCAUCUGGCACUGGCUCUGUUCGUCUUUUCCUUUCAGAUCUUAGCCACUGUCCCCACUUAAUCUCUGCUUAGAAACACGGCACUGACCCUGAAGCAUCACUCUGCUCCAAGCCCCUGGCUUAUGCACUGGCACAAGCAGCCUUUCCAUAUUUAUUGCAUCAGUGCCACCUCAUGAUUGGUACAAUAACACUUGUAAAGCCAAUCUUAAGGUUACCAUACCUGAAUAAACAGACUUUGAAUGAGUUUCUAAAUACCCAAGAAACACCGACUAGUCCUGUCAUUUCAACCCCAUGGUCUCCCCUUUGAAGGAAAACAUACUGCUUGGUAGAAAAUCAUCAAUAGAAGAAUGUUUUUAUUAUUAUUAUUAUUAUUUUAUCAAAAAGCAACAGCAAUAAAUCAUAGCUAAAGAGACAGUUCAGUUUUUUAAGCGUGAUUGUAUGCGAUACUUGUCAACAGUAUUGGUAUUACCCACAGAGGACCCUGGUUAGACCUGCUCUUUUAAAAACAGGCAUGGUAGAUGGGAGAUCAUUUAAAGUAUGGGUGAGGUCCCUUUUAGUGCAAAAAUGAACAAGCUACAGCAAAGUCAAACGCUGAAUAAACAAGUCUAAAUCAGGGGUACCCUUACACUGAAAUGUUUGGAUCACACCUUUGAUUUUCAAAUCCACCAUUAAACAGCUUAGAGAGGACAUGAAACUUCUGAUGGGGACUACGAACACAUCAGAAAUGUAGACUGAGAUUAAAAACAAGUAAGCAAUUGGCUCUUUUUCUAAUAAACUUCCAUACAAACUUCUCCUCUUCAGCCAGUCUGUUCGCCCCCUGUUGGCCAGUUGAAAGAAUACAGGUUUUGGGUACUUUGACAUUCUGCAGCUGCUUCAUUUUUACGCUGAGAGGUUAGGUAAUCCUCAUGUUUUUUAUACACAACCACAGUUUCCAAGACGUUGGGAUUCCAUCUAACAUGUUGAUUAGUUUUGAUGGUUUGAAAAUAAAUUAAAAGCAAAAUUUCACUAAAAAUAGCAGAAAGAUGAUGUUGAAAUGAUGAAACUGACAAACGUUAUUGUUUAUGAAAGACAUAGGCUUUUUUAGAAUUUGAUGCCAACAACAAGUGUUCAGUUUUUGGAAAGCCAAUACCAAUUAUGAGAGAGAGAGAGAGAGAGAGAAGGGCUGCCAGUUGUUGAUCUACAAAGCAAAAUCACAUUUCUUUUUUACAAACGUGAAACAAAAUUGAAUGAAUAAUUUAAAUAAAUAUAGACUGAAAAAUAUGUACUUUGUUAAAUAUUGCCACAAGGGACUUCUGGUUUGCUAUUUAGCCAUCUUUAAUUAUUAAACAAGACAAAAUUGCUUGUAAGUAUUUGGGUUUAUGCAAAAACAGUAAUAAAACAAGGCGUUUAAAAAAUCUUUCUUGAAUGACUAGAGUUCGGGAUAUAUGAUAAAAGUAAAUUUAAUGCUUGCAGGAAUGGAGCACAAACAAUACAUCCAGUAGAUACACAGGAGUGGUGCCCAGUUGAUUCAGAGUCUGUUAUCCUUGCUUUCUCAGUCUUCUCAGAUUUUAAUCUUUAUUUCCAAAUAUUAUCAACAAGCAAUUUAAACAAGUAACACUUGCCCUUGGUUUCAUUCUGUUUGUCAUGCAUUCGCUGUCCUUGCAUUGUGUAAACAUCACAGUGACCUUAGCCUUCUCAUUAUUUUACAACUUCUAUGCACAUCUUGAGGUUAAAGAUCAUGUUUUACAUAUACAUUAAAUCUGAAUAGAUAGCCAGUUACUUAUUAUAGCUGAGUUUAGUAAAUCUCUUGAGAAGGAGAAAUUGAAUUGGGUUAUGCUAUACAUUAAAAAUAAAUUUCAGAACAUGGCUGGAAUCUAUGUAAUAAGGAGCACAACAGAACUUAAUUCAAACACUGUCCAGUUACUGUUUUCCAGAUUUGAUAUAUGUGAUUUUUAGUAUCAGUGUGGGAGAGGAUGUGUCAUUUAGAAAAGAUGAUUGUGACAGUGGCCUCACGAAUGCCAAUGUGAGGCUGAUUUUUAAAGAGGCCAUUAAUCAGACCAUUUAAUUGGUCUGUCCCUCUCAGCAACGCUUUUAAAAAAGUUGGGAGAAAUUUCUUUAAGUGUUUGUUGCCACUGCUUAACUUUUUUGAAACGUGUUGUUGGUAUCAAGUAUUAAUUUAGCUUACGCUUUUCAUAAAAGACCAUUUGAAAGUUGCAACAUUUGACUUGUUGUCUUUGCACUAUUUCAAAUCGAAAAGGCUUUAAAUCCUGUCUUUACCGACAUUUCACACAGCAUCCCAACUUUCUCUGAACUGGGUUUGUAAAAGCAAAACCAUAAAUCUGCCAUAAACACUUUCUCGCUCUUGUUACCUGUCUGUCUGCUCACCUGCAAAUCAGCCCAUCCACUCAGAUGUUUUGAGGUUUGCAAACUUGGCUGAUUCUGGUCUCAGCUGACUCUUCGCAGUCCAAACAGAUUACCUGUAUGUCUCUGAAACUCUCCCUUACUUUGUUGCUUCUUCUUAACUCACACGGAGGAAUGGAUUGUUACCUUUCUUUGCACCUUGGAUUGAGUACCUUUAGUGACUUUGAGUUAGUUUGUCUCAAUUACAAGGAGAGGGAGCCAGCUGUGUUCACCGUCAUUGAACAGUGACACAGUGCGGAUGAAUGAAGUUCAGCCUCACAAAACAGAACUACUAUUUAUCAAUGUUUUUGAUUAUUACACUGUACUGCUGUCAGUCGACAUAUCUGAAUGUACAUUUUGUUGCCAUUUUAUAAAAAUGUCAAUAUAAAAAAA